AUGCAUGCUAUAAGAUCAAAUAUACUUAGAGCAUCAAGACGUUAUAUAUCUUCCACCUCCAAAAGACUAGCAGAAGUUGAAGUUACAGUUGAUGGAAGAAAAGUCAAUAUAGAAGCUGGAUCAUCAAUUAUACAAGCAGCAGAAUUAGCAGGAGUUCAAAUUCCAAGAUAUUGUUAUCAUGAAAAAUUAGCAGUUGCAGGUAAUUGUCGUAUGUGUUUAGUUGAUGUUGAAAGAAUGCCAAAAUUAAUUGCAUCUUGUGCAAUGCCUGUACAAAAUGGUAUGGUUGUUCAUACAGAUUCAGAAAGAAUUAAAAAAGCGAGAGAAGGAGUUACAGAAAUGUUAUUAGAAAAUCAUCCAUUAGAUUGUCCAAUUUGUGAUCAAGGUGGUGAAUGUGAUUUACAAGAACAAUCUCAAAGAUAUGGUUCUGAUCGUGGUAGAUUUAAAGAAUUAGUUGGUAAAAGAGCAGUUGAAAAUAAAGCUAUUGGACCAUUAGUUAAAACCUCAAUGAAUAGAUGUAUUCAUUGUACAAGAUGUGUAAGAUUUAUGAAUGAUGUUGCAGGAGCACCAGAAUUUGGUACUUCUGGAAGAGGUAAUGAUAUGCAAAUUGGUACUUAUAUUGAAAGAAAUAUUAAUUCAGAAAUGUCUGGUAAUAUAAUUGAUUUAUGUCCUGUAGGAGCAUUAACUUCAAAACCUUAUGCUUUUAGAGCAAGACCAUGGGAAUUGAAAAGAACCGAAACUAUUGAUGUAUUAGAUGCUGUUGGAUCUAAUAUUAGAGUUGAUUGUAGAGGUAUUGAAGUUAUGAGAGUUUUACCAAGAUUAAAUGAUGAUGUUAAUGAAGAAUGGAUUUCUGAUAAAACAAGAUUUGCUUGUGAUGGUUUAAAAAAUCAACGUUUGACUACUCCAUUAAUUAGAAAUGGUGAUAAAUUUGAAACUUCUACAUGGGAUGAAGCUUUAUCUACUAUAGCUGCUGCAUAUAACAAAAUUAAACCACAAAAUGGAGAAUUAAAAGCUGUUGCAGGUGCAUUAGUUGAUGCAGAAUCAAUGGUUGUAUUAAAAGAUUUAGUAAAUAAAUUAGGAUCAGAAAAUGUUACCACUGAUGUUCCACAAGCAGUUGAUGCUCAUGGAUUAGAUAUAAGGUCAAAUUAUAUUUUCAAUUCAACAAUUGAUGGUAUAGAAGAAGCUGAUGAAAUAUUAUUAGUUGGUACAAAUCCAAGAUUUGAAGCAGCUACAUUAAAUACAAGAAUAAGGAAGAUAUGGUUAAGAUCAAAUUUAGAAAUUUCUUCAGUUGGUGAAAAAUUCGACUCAACUUUUGAUAUAAAUACAGUUGGUGACAACACAAAAGCUCUUGAAAAGGCUUUAAGUGGAGAAGUUGGUAAAAAAUUAUCAAAAGCUAACAAACCAUUGAUAAUUGUUGGUUCAGGUGUUGCUGAUUCAAAAGAUGCUAAAGCUAUAUAUAAAUUAGUUGGUGAAUUUGCCACAAAACAUAAAAAUUUUAAUACUCCAGAAUGGAAUGGUGUUAAUUUAUUACAUCGUGAAGCUUCAAGAGUUGCUGCAUUAGAUAUUGGGUUUAAUAACUUAUCAGAAACACAAACAAAACCAAAAUUCAUUUAUUUAUUAGGUGCUGAUGAAGUAUCAAACACAGAUAUUCCAAAAGAUGCAUUUGUUGUAUAUCAAGGUCAUCAUGGUGAUGUUGGUGCAUCAUUUGCUGAUGUUAUAUUACCAGGUUCUGCUUAUACUGAAAAAUCAGGUACUUAUGUAAAUACAGAAGGUAGAACUCAAGUUACAAGAGCUGCAACAAAUCCACCAGGGGUUGCUCGUGAAGAUUGGAAAAUUUUAAGAGCAUUAUCAGAAUAUUUAGGCGCUCCAUUACCAUAUGAUGAUAUAAUAUCAGUAAGAAUGAGAUUGGGAGAAAUUGCACCACAUUUAACAAGACAUGAUGUUAUAGAACCAGUAUCACAAGAAAUUGCACAAAUAGGUUUCCAAAAUCUUAUAGAUUCAAAUAAAUCAGCUACUAUAAGUGGUGAUAUUUUGACAAAUCCAAUUAAAAACUUUUAUUUUACAGAUAGUAUUUCAAGAUCAUCACCUACAAUGGCUAAAUGUGUUGCAUCAUUUGGUUUACAAAUACAGAAAUUAAAUCCAUAG